AUGUCUGGAAGAGGAAAAGGCGGAAAAUCUAAAGCAAAGAGCAAGUCACGCUCAUCAAGGGCCGGACUGCAGUUCCCAGUUGGUCGCGUUCAUCGCCUACUCCGCAAAGGAAACUACGCCGAACGUGUCGGAGCCGGCGCACCAGUUUACCUUGCUGCCGUUCUCGAAUACUUAAGUGCGGAAGUGUUGGAGUUGGCAGGAAAUGCUGCUCGUGACAACAAGAAAUCUAGAAUUAUCCCUAGACAUCUUCAGCUGGCAAUCAGAAACGACGAGGAGUUGAAUAAACUUCUUGGCGGAGUCACCAUUGCACAAGGAGGAGUUCUUCCUAAUAUUCAAGCAGUUCUCCUGCCUAAAAAAACUGCCAAAAGUUCCCAAGCAUAA